CUUCCUUCCUCCACUCUCCCCCCCUUUCCUUUCUUCUCAAAGUCGCCGGAAUUUCUUCCUCCGGCGAUUUUACCUAUUGGGUUUUCAUACUUUAACACUUGAGCUUAAUGUGAAGACGGGUUGACCUUCAUUUUCUUCUUCUCUUCUGUUUGGUUAGGGAGAAAACAAAAGAAAAUCAGUGAGAAACUGUGAGAAAAUUUGAGAAGGUUUCAUCCUUUUUCGAUCUCUUCCAAAAGAAUCAAAACCCCAUCUGGGUUUUACUAUUCACCCCAUUUUGUGAUCUGGGUGUUCGUUAAAAUUCCUGAAAAAACAGUUGUUCUCUUGAAAUACCACAAUGAUCAGUGCUAAAGACUUAAACAACGUCUUCACUGCCGUUGUCCCACUUUAUGUGGCGAUGUUUUUGGCCUAUGGCUCGGUGAAAUGGUGGAAGAUCUUCAGCCCCGAUCAGUGCUCCGGCAUCAACCGAUUUGUGGCUCUGUUUGCGGUUCCUCUGCUUUCUUUUCACUUCAUUUCCACCAAUGACCCGUAUGCCAUGAACUACAGGUUCAUAGCCGCUGAUACCCUACAGAAAAUCAUAGUCUUGUUUAUUUUAGCCAUCUGGUCUCGAACCAGCUCAAGAGGCUCGCUGGAAUGGUCCAUCACUCUGUUUUCACUUUCUACUCUCCCAAACACUCUGGUCAUGGGGAUUCCUCUGUUGAAGGGGAUGUAUGAGGAACACUCAGGGAGCUUAAUGGUCCAAAUAGUUGUGCUUCAGUGUAUAAUUUGGUACACAUUGAUGCUCUUUCUGUUCGAAUAUAGAGGAGCCAGACUCUUGAUUGCCGAGCAAUUUCCCGAUACCGCUGGCUCUAUCAUCUCCUUCAGGGUUGAUUCCGACAUCAUUUCAUUGGACGGCAAGCAGCCGUUGCAGACAGAGGCUGAGGUCGGUGAAGAUGGUAAACUCCAUGUCACCGUGAGGAAAUCUACAAGUUCUAGAUCAGAAAUUUUCUCUCGCCGGUCGCAUGGUCCCAAUUCCGGUGUUUCUAUGACCCCUAGACCGUCGAACCUGACUAAUGCAGAGAUUUACUCUCUUCAGUCCUCGAGAAACCCUACCCCAAGAGGGUCCAGCUUCAACCACACUGAUUUCUACUCAAUGGUGAAUGGGAAAAACGCAAGCAAUGUUAGUCCACGGCAGUCCAACUUUGGGAAUCUGGGUUUUGAUGAAGAGAAUGGACCUGCUGUGUUCGGAAACCCAGUAAAGGCAAAUGGAAAUGCCUAUCCUGCUCCCACUAGUGCCGGAAUCUUCUCUCCGGUGACCGGAACAGCUGGAAAGAAGAAGGCAAAUGGGGCUGAGAAUGGCAAGGAUUUGCAUAUGUUUGUCUGGAGUUCCAGUGCUUCCCCUGUAUCAGAAGGUGGGAUCCAUGUUUUCAGGGGAGGGGAGUAUGCCAAUGAUCUUAGUGGGGUAGCUCACCAAAAAGAUUAUGAUGAGUUUGGUAGAGAUGAGUUCAGCUUUGGUAAUAGACAGACAGCCAAUGGAGGUGCCGGCGAAGGGCCAGUGCUUUCCAAGCUUGGUUCUAGCUCCACGGCAGAGCUCCACCCCAAGGCUGAUGCCCAUGUUGAGACUAAGCCAACUUCUAUGCCUCCUGCUAGUGUUAUGACCCGUCUUAUUCUGAUUAUGGUGUGGCGAAAACUCAUCAGGAAUCCCAACACCUAUUCCAGCCUGAUUGGCCUUACUUGGUCCCUUGUGUCAUUCAAGUACAAAAUCAAGAUGCCUGCUAUAAUUGCUGGUUCAAUAGCCAUUCUCUCCAAUGCAGGUCUUGGAAUGGCCAUGUUUAGUCUUGGUUUGUUCAUGGCACUUCAGCCAAAAAUCAUUGCGUGUGGAAACACAAUUGCUACCGUCGCCAUGGCUGUCCGGUUCCUCACAGGUCCAGCAGUCAUGGCUGCUGCCUCGAUUGCUGUUGGACUGAGAGGGGUUCUCUUGCACAUUGCCAUUGUUCAGGCAGCUCUUCCACAAGGGAUUGUCCCCUUUGUCUUUGCCAAAGAAUACAAUGUUCAUCCAGAUAUACUCAGCACAGGGGUGAUAUUUGGAAUGCUAAUUGCACUUCCCAUUACACUGGUUUACUACAUCUUGCUGGGACUCAAGGGCUGAAAGAGGCUAACAGGGAAAUAGAAGAUUUAGAUCCCACUUUGAUGGGAGUUUUCCUGGGGGGUUUCUCUAACUGAUUAUAUAGUUGUAGGACUGUGGAGAGAUUACUGCAAAUUCUCUUCACAAAGAUUGGAGAAUUUACAAAUGGGGGAGCUAGAAUAUCUGUUGUCUUUUGCUAAUUUUGUUCUUUUGAUGAAGAAAGUGAAGCUCCAAUCUCCAAGAUUGUCUUUGUUUGUACUUGGCUAAUUUCCUAAUCAAAAGAUGGUCUUUUUCUUUUCCAUCACUUUUUCUCUUUUUAAGGUAAAAAAGGAGAAGAUUUUAACCAAGUUGGAAUCUCAAUGUAGAACUGCUUUUUCUCUUGGAUAAAUUGUUGCAUUGGAUGUUGAAAGAACCGCUGGCAUUGAAAAAAGUGGGGUUUGUCUGUGUAGAAGAAACAUGUGAAGGUUGGAACCUGGAAAGAUGGCAGUUGUUGGUGCAGUAGGUUUACAGAAUGCUUGUGAAGGGUGCCUAAAAUUUAAAGUUGUGUCAGGUUGUUGGAAGCUCCAUGUAUUAACACCUGUGUUUGUCUAUUGGACUCCUCAAUUUUCAUAAAGAAUGCUCCUCUUG